AUGUUCGGUAGAGGAGUGCUCGGGCCGAGCUUCGCCUUCUGCAAGCCUUGGAAAGAAGAAUCACAGAUGUCGUGGAAGCUUGUUAAGCCCAACAGCAGUACGUCCCCGUACUGCUACAAGGAUGUUGUAUUAUGGAGGGAUCGGUUCUACGCAGUGGAUGUUGCGGGGAACGUUGACUGCGUACUAUCGUGUGACGACACCAACAACACAACUGCAGCGUCGUCGUGA